AUGGCUACUGGAAACAAUAAUGCGGAUUGCGCCCCUAUCUGGGGUGAUUUUGUUGACCCAGGUGACGAGUCUAAGGUUGAGUAUGCAUCUGAGCCGUUGGUGCGAUACGAACUGGGGCUCUAUUAUCCAGUCUGCAUCGGAGAGGUCCUUGUCAACAGGUACCGUGUUGAGCAUAAACUGGGCCAUGGCGGCUACUCGACUGUUUGGAUGGCUCAUGACAUGGUUACCAACGAAGAUGUCGCUCUCAAGAUUAUGACGCCUGGGCCUUCCGGCGAGCGAGAGUAUACCGCGCAGAAAACAAUUACCAGUGCCGUGCAGGACACUGCCCGCCUCUUGAUAUACCAGGGGACGUUUAUGCUGCCCAGCCCCUUCAAGACGACACAACAUAGAGUACUGGUUUUUCCCUUGCUCGGCCCUAGCCUGCGGACAUAUGCCUCUUCUAUGUCUACCGCCGCUAGGAGAUCGUCUGCCAAACAACUGCUGCAAGCCAUUAAGGCCCUACAUGACGGUGGAAUCGUGCAUCGAGGUAUGCUGCCCAUGCAAUUCUUAUCGCGUCAAACAGAAGAGGAUUUUAACCCAUGUGAUACAGAUAUCAACAGCGCCAAUAUCUUGUAUGGACUUGCUCCUUUCAAGAGUGGCACCACCGUAUCUGCCAAGUACGAAUAUCUCGGGCGUCCGCGGAAGGUGCCCAUACCUACGUCCAGGCGCAUAUUGAAAACCGGCGAGCUGGUUAUGCCUAUAGCUCCGCAUAAGUCUAUUGUGAAAGGAACUAUAACUCUCGCUGACUUUGGACUGGCCGCCGAGUCUGGCACCACCGUGGAGUGCAAAUUCCAGUCACCUGCCAUCUACUGCGCCCCAGAACGUCUUCACAAUGCAGACCCUGGAUUUGCCUCCGACAUGUGGAGCUAUAUGUGCAUCUUUGCCGAACUUUUUCUAGGCGUUCCCCUGUUCUUCGGCUCAGAGCACACUUCAGUCGUCGACUUUAUGGUGAAAUGCCUUGGGCCUCUUCCCUUGGCUUGGAGGGGUUUCUAUGAAGGCAGGCAAUACAACGAGUCAUGGUAUGACCAGAACAGAGGACCAGAUCCUCGUCAAACUCUAGAAGCUAAGCUCAAGCGUUCACUGUAUAACAUCAGUCCUGUCGAGCAGAAACUCGUGCUCUCGAUACUGCGAAGGGGUCUAUCGUAUUCCCCCGAGCACCGCUUUAGUGCCGGGCAACUUCUCGAGGAUGCAUCAUUCAAAGAGCUGAUGGCAUUGCAUGGGCUUUAG